UCCGAGCACCGAGCAUCGCGGUGACAUAUGAAAGCCACUUCCGAUACCGAGCAAAGCGGUGUCAUAUGAGAGAGGCUGCCAUAGCAUACGGAUGCGCUUGCCUCAUUUUGACUGGUGCCGAUCUUCACCUUCGAAGCCAUGAACUCUGUUUCUUCGAGAGCCAGCAACUGUUUCGACUUCUCGACCAACGUCAUGAUGACCUUAGCCUUCGGCUGUUAUAUCACCACCGUGUUGAUCGACACAAGCGUUCCCGUGGACAUCCGUGUCUCCAAAGUCAUGCUGAGAAAUGUCUACAGUGUGACCGGAUUCGGGGAGCCCUGUGAUAUGGUUUACAUCACCUUUGACCUCUCGGCCAAUUUGCAGCCGGCAUUCAACUGGAAUGUCCUACAGCUCUAUAUCUUUGUGUUUGCCGAGUACGCGACACCGAAAAAUGCUUUGAACCAGGUGAUGCUUUGGGACAAGACUGUCUUUCGAGGAAAAGACACGCUGUACCUCAGAGACCAAAAAUCCAAAUACUUCUUCAGCGAUGACGGAAACGGACUGAGGGCCCACGAGAACAUCACCCUGACGCUGUCAUGGAACAUCAUUCCCGUCGCUGGAAGUCUGGCCAUUGUACCCGGGAAUGGAUACACCAGUCUGCCCUUUCCCAAAACAUAUGAGACUCCCACCAGCUAUUUGUGAGACACAAAGUUGAAGCUCGACGUUUACAGACCAUUCUUGAUUUGCGGGCUUUGUACAAUCUUAACGUAUGGCUGUGGAAUAAA